GUGGACAUAAGAGAGGAUAAAAGCAUGUGAGUAAAGAGAGGGUCGCAAGGGGGACUCUGGCACAUGCUUUGAUGCUUCUGUACUCUACUCUCAAGUCUCAAAACUCCCAAGGCGCGUGGUAGCAGCUGAAGAAAAGUGGGGUGCGGGCACAAGGGAGUUCUGGCUCCUAUAUGUAGCCCCGAAUCUCUGCCGGGCCAACUAUUACGUCCCAAACCCGCGAGUCGACUGUAUCCAUCAUCGUCAUCAAUGUGCUCAAGACAAUUUUAACCAACUUAACAAUUAUCUUGAUAAUUAUUUUUUUUUUAAUCAUCAUCAAGUGAUUUUAUAUUAUUUGUUAUUUUAUUUGUGAUGGACUAAGUGUCAAGUGGAGUGUCAUUGUUUAUUUGCAAUUUUAAUUAUCGUAGAUAAAAAAAACAAAAGAAGAAAACAAAAUGCCGAGGGCUUUUCUUAUUACUCAUAGACGUUACAAUGGCACUGAAGGAUUCGAAGACGUUGCAAGAGAUUAUAGUCCAGAAAGAGGUGUAAGAAUACCAGAGUACAAUUCAAAUCAACCAACAUCAGACGGAGUAAGUGAUUGUGGAAGUGAAACAUCAUCGGAAUGUCCUGAAGAAUUGUAUAAUUUAACAAAACUUGCAGAAGUGAGUCUUGCUGCUGCAGCAGGGACAUUAAUUCACCCAAACAAUGUCAUUUAUAAUCGUUCAUUGUCACCACGUUGGACACCAGGUGUCGAAGAUCUCCAUGUUUACCGUUCAUCACCUCCAGAAUCACUAAAUCAUCAUCUUCAUCAUCACAACCUCAGUCAUAAUCGACCUGUUGAAGAGGAGCUGAGCUUACGGGAGAGAACGAGAUUAUUUUUUGAAAGAAUUGAAACAGAGCGGGAAAUUUUGCAAGACAAUAAUCGCCUAUCACAUUUGGAUGAAUCAAAAACUCGUCAGUUAUCGUCGCCAAUAAAUCAAUCACUGUCGCCGAUCAAUGUACCAGUGAGAAGAAUUUCUUUGGGGCACUCGGAUACGUCGAAGACGGACGAUAAUGAAGAUCAUGAGUGCCCGGAUUGCGGUAAAAAAUAUUCAACAUCAUCAAAUUUAGCCCGACAUCGACAGACUCAUCGGUCACUUGGUGAUAAAAAAGCACGACGUUGUCCGCACUGCGAUAAAGUCUACGUCAGUAUGCCGGCGUUUAGUAUGCACGUAAGGACACAUAAUCAAGGAUGUAAAUGUCACUAUUGUGGAAAAUGUUUUUCACGUCCGUGGCUGCUUCAAGGACACAUCAGAACUCACACAGGUGAGAAACCCUUCAAAUGUACCAUCUGUAAUAAAGCAUUUGCUGACAAAUCAAAUCUCCGUGCCCACGUGCAGACUCACUCAAACACGAAGCCACACAUCUGUGGUAGAUGCGGCAAAGCAUUCGCUCUCAAGUCUUAUCUCUACAAACACGAAGAGUCAUCUUGUAUGAGAGCUCAUCAUCGAACUUCAUCAGACAAAAAAGAUAAUACUAAUAAAUCAUUAGCACCAACAUCACCAUCACCUUCACCAUUAUCAUCAUCAUCUUCAAUAUCACCGAUCUCUCCAUCAUCAUCCUCAUCAUCUUCUUCAUCUACAUCACCAACAACAAGACUCAUACCACCAGCUAUCACUUCAUCACCAACAAGUGUUAUUGUCCCUCGUCCAGGAUUUGUACGAGAAUCUGCAGCACCUGUUUUAUCAACGAUAAUACAACACACGAAAUCAAGUCAACCACCAGCUGUCUCUUCAGCUUCACCUAAAAUCAACGACAGCAAACCAAGUGAUAGCGAAUACUUGUCAAGAAUGGUAAUUAGGACGUCAGUUAUCUCACCGAAUCCUGAACAUGUUCCUGGUCGUCAUCCGUCUAAAAAAGGACCGUUUGAUUUUUCUGAUCCCUCACGACCUUCCGCCUUCUCGCGGCCGACGGGAAUGACUUUAAAUCUUGCGAUCGCUUAGUAAAUAAUUAAUUAAUUUGGUAGGAAUGUAUGUGUGCAUGAAUGAUUCAAAUAAUUGAUCUAAUAUAUUCCAUGUACGUAGAGAUUUUUUUUUAAUUAUCACAGUAAAGACAUAAAUAUCUUCUCUACGUUACAAAUUCCACGCAACUUCCUAAUUAGGGACCAUAUAGAAAAUAUUUAAAAUAAAAGAUGAAAUAUUGUUUCAUAAAAUGAUUGUAUAUCUGAGUAAUUUGUUUAAAUUAUUAAGGGUUUAAAUUUAUAUGAAUGUAAUUCGUUAUAUUGUGUGCUCCUUGUUAUAUAAUUGUACUUAGUGUGUGCUCUUCGAGGCAGCUGACAAUACGAAUUAAUAUUGAAUAUUAUAUUUAUUUAUCUGCGAAGAUAAUAAAUAAAUAUUUCUCGAGUGUUCAACUAGUCGAAAUCAUUUCGCAGCAACGAAUUUAUCUCUCGCAACAUAUUUUAUAUAUAUUGUUUUUAAUAAUAGUAUAUAUGUAUGACAUAUCAUCGGUCGUCUGUGAGAAGAUUUAUAACGAACGCACGAAAUGAUAUGGUAUAGAGUUUAUUUUAUUAAUAAUUCAUACAGAAAAAAAAAGGAUUUUUUGCUUCAAGAAAUUUUUGUCAUUUUUAAUUGGACAGAAAUUUUCUUAGGGGUAGAAAAAAUUUCUUGACGCAAAAAAUCUUUUUUUCUGUGCAUAAUAAUAAGAAACAACAUUGAAUUUUUUUUCAAUAAAUAAAUUUAAUGGUUUUUUUUUUAUUAAUACUUAAUAAAAAAAUUAUUUUAUAUAAUCGUGUCUAUCCUAGUCUGGGUUUUAAUAAUAAGGACACAUUGUAAAUAGCAUUCCUAUGUUAUAUAAAUAUAUUUUAUUUUUAGGUCAUUAUUAUAUAGUACAAUAUUUUUUGUGUACAUAAAAAACAAAUAUUACCUUAGUGAUAAUUAGUUUUAAUGUUUUGUUCGUAGAUUUAUAAAACAAA